CCACUACAGCUAGAGCAUGUGAAACAGCAUGGCCUUUCGAGCCUCCAGUGCUGGCGCUCGCGGCGCGACCGCUCCGCGCCAGCCCAGUCGCGGUGCUCCCCGCGGUCGCCGGCACCGGCGCAAUGGUCCGUCGCGGGUGGUGUCACAGGCGCCGCGAGCUCCGCGAGCUCCGCGAGCUCCGCGACCUGGAUGGGAUGAGGACACCAGGGCACCGAGUUUCUUCGAUACCCAACUGCAGCAGAUCUUCACGAAGUCGCGGCCACAACCAGCUCCACCGACACCGGACGUGCCGCGAGGCGUCCGAGGGCGAGAGGAGCGGCCCUUUCGGCCCGAGAAAAAAGAGCCGGCUCAAGCGGACGAAAGUGCCGUUCGAUCGAGGAAUCGACCGGGACACUUGAGAGAGAGGUUGCAAGACACCAUGGUUUCCCGCCAGCGGCCCAAGGCGCCAACACCUGCCCCGCCGAAGGCGGUCGAAGUGGAGAGACCCAUUGAAGCGGACGCGCCAGCGCCAAGACCCUUGUGGGAAGCGCAGCCUCCGUUGAUUCCUUGGAGGCCACAACCUCCACCGGAGCAACUCGCCGUUGCUCACGUGCAACGACGGGUGUCGCACUUGGGAGAGAAGCUUGCACUUCUUCUUCCUCAAGCAAAAGCUCAGACAGCCUCGCAUGGCGAAGAUGCUUUCGCCCAGGUCCGCCCGUUCAGCAGUGUCAGAAGAACACUUGAACAUGCCCCGGGUCAUUCCGACCGAAUGUCACCUGAAACGCCUGAGAAGGUGCAGAAACUCUCCCGGAGACUGAGGGCUUUGCUUGGGGAAGGACCUGCCGAAGCACCUGCCGAAGGUUCUUUGCUGAAGCCAACACCCUUUCGCCCUGGAAAGCUGCCCUGCCCUGAUGACUUCCUCCGGCAGAAUGCUGCAAGAGUGGUUGGCCAGGCAGACCUACUAGUCGACCUUGUGCUGGAAGAGGUAUUUAGUGAUGCUGCUGAGCACUUGGAAGCCCUUCCCAGCAAAGAGAUGCACCCAGAACAUGCCAACGGUGAAGCCGAACAGGUGCAAACCGAAGCCGUUGAAGACGUGCCGCAUGUACCUGAUGCCACCUUGACCCGGAUGGUCCAAUCAGCAACGGACAAGCUUCUGGUUUUGGAGCAUGAGCUUCGAAUGACCUAUGGAGAAGCUCCGGCAAGCCCUUUAGCCAAGUUCAUCAAGCAACCUGCAAGUGGACGACGACAUCCAAGUCAGGAAGAAGAAUUGCGGCGGAGUUGCGACACAGACGACGAGGACUGGAGAGUGGCAUCGGUCCCGGCCAAGAAGAUCCUGGAGCUGGAAAGAUAUCGUGCCCUCUUUGCACACCAUUGUAUGGCCGCACGAGAGGCGGGGAUCCAAAGUCCCAGCCGCACGGCGACUUGGGUGAUUUGGCCCUUCCUGGCUGAUGGCAUUACCAUGGCCUUGGUCCAGUCGGCGAUCGAAGAGCUAGAUGAUGCGAUGGAGAACUACGUGGGGAACCUGAUCGUGGACGAAGUGGGGUAUCCAGGGGAUGAGUCGACAGCCUGACGCAGCGUCGACC